GUUGGGAGGACUCUUUGUAACACAUUAUGCGGCGCGGAGGAUGGUUUCCAGUGCUUGCGAAGGCGAGUAGAUAGAGAUAACGUCUCUCUCUCUAUCUCUUUAAAUAUAUGUGUGUGUAUACAUCUAUAUAUAUAUAUAGAUGGAUCGAGAGAGAAAGAGAGGGAGAUAUAGAGAGAGCGAUAAACAGAGAUGGAGAGAGACGGACAGAUAGAGAGUCACAGAGAGAGGGAGACAGAAAUAGAUGCGGAGAUAGGAGAGGGAGAUAGGGUGGCGCGAUGUGGUGGGGAUCUGAGAAACCGAGCUGUUGAUGUGUGUUGGGAUCUUUGGUUAAGGGACUGUGCGAUUGUGGCCCCAGUCCCGGGACGGGGAACAGGGCUGUGUACCGGUUGUCUCCGAUCUGGACUGUUGACAUUAUCCCGUGAGGUGGUCCAGAACUGACAACGACAUGCCCGAGGUCGGUUGGUGAUGUAGGGGGAGUCUCCUCGGCUAGGAACGGCCGAGGACAGGGAAGGUGCGGGUUCACCACCUGAGACCUGGGUCCUGCGGAAGCUGCGCCGGGUCGGGAACCUGUGGUCUGGGUCCGAUUCUCCCAGGUGGUCCCGAGAAGAACGUGUCAAGGUCCGAGGAAGCAUGGACCUGCGACAAAGCGGAGAGACCAGCAUGAGUGACCAGGCAGAUGGGGAUUCAAGACAACUUGCGAGCCGGACAGUUGGAUCCGCACAUUGACUUAUGGAUUUGAGAACAACAGCCAUCUUCAUUGUUUGCUUCACCCUGUUGUAUCUGGCCCCGACCUACUGCCUGGAGGUGAGGCUGAGUGAGCAACUGGUGUGGGGACAGCUGGGGGAGCCGGUGGAGCUGAAGGCCGAGUACCAGCUCGGGGUCUCCGAGCGCUUGCACAGCAUCACGUGGCGGGUGGAUAAGGACUUCCCCACCCGCAUCCUGCAGUACAUCGCCAGCAGGAACGCCACCCUCCCCUCUGCACCAUACCAGCACCGCGUCCAGUUCAACAGCACGACCGGCUCCCUCUGCAUAACCCGGUUCACCGAGAGUGACCAUGGCCUCUACCACAUCACGGUCACCGCCGUGGAUGGCACUGAGGUCAAGGCAGAGGCACGUGUGGCUGUCUACGAGCCAGCUUCAGGGAUCAUCGUUUCCCUAUCCCCAAACAGGACAUCCCCUCAGCAGAACAUGACACUCAAGUGCUCGGUGAUGGGAGGGAGCAAGCUGCAAUUCACCUGGUCCAAGGAUGGCCAGAAUGUCACGGCGAGGGGUUGGGUUGUGCAGCGGGACAUGGGUCAGGACCUGGUGCUGCCUGAGCUGGGCUGGGAGGACUGUGGUACCUACACAUGUACAGUCUCGAACAGAAUAAGCAGGCUAAGCUUCAACCUCAGCCUGACAGCCUCCUCCGACGUGCCGGUGUGCCAGACCCAGGACAUGCCAGAACGGCUCCGAUUCCUGCUCCUCACUCCGGUCUUCCUGUGCUUUCUGCUGCUGGUUGUCCUGCUGUUGCUUUCCGUUGGAGUUGGGAAGAAGAUGUUUCAGAAGGCAAGGAUGAAGAUAUAGAGCUUUGAGACAGAAGCUGUGAUCCCUUUCCUCCUAAACCUGUCACGGCUGCCCUUCCCCUUGUUCCCACCAUGUUCCAGGACCAGCAGUGUUCCAUGGGGCUUGGAGAGAUGCCAGGGAGAAUGGAGUUGUAUUGAGUCACGGUGCCUUAUGGACAUAACUUGACUAUUUAUUUGAAGGCAUGAACGCUUCGACGACCUCAGGGUAACAGGGCAUGUGCCAUGCAUGUUUGGGUUUGGACCUACACAGCAUUGCGUGACCCAUCUCCAGGAGCAGGAAGCAUGGCUCUGUCAGGUCCUACCAUCUUGUCACCCAACAUCACCGUACUGGGGAUCACCACUGACCAGAUACUCCACUGGAGCAACCACAUAGACAUGGAGGUCACAGGCUGUGAAUUUUGUGGAUUUUGACUCUCUUCCCUCCACCUGAAGUCUUACUCCCAACUCCCUACCAGCCCAGUCAGGAAUGAGAUGGAACCCGUUUAAUUCCCUGGGUGGUUAUAGUCAAUUCUCCAUCUACAAGAAUGUGAGGGGGCACUUCCCUAGUCCAUACACUCAGCUUCCGCAGCAUUUCCCAGAUCUACAGAGCAGAAGACAGGAGGAUGAUGGGACAGAGUUAAUCCACACACUUAACACUUGCUUCAUUACCUCCAUCUAAAGGUCAUGAGUGUGAGAGGAUACUGGGUGGAAAUAAUCCAUUCCUCCGUCGACGGGGCAGGAGUUCGGGAGUGUGAUGGGACAUUUCCCACUUCCCUGGAAGAAGAUAGUCCAUUUCCCCAUCCACAGGGCAGGAGUUUGGGAGUGCGGUGGGACACUCCCCACUUCCCUGGAAGAAGAUAGUCCAUUUCCCCAUCCACAGGGCAGGAGUUUGGGAGUGCGGUGGGACACUCCCCACUUCCCUGGAAGAAGAAAGUCCAUUUCCCCAUCCACAGGGCAGGAGUUUGGGAGUGCGGUGGGACACUGCCCACUUCCCUGGAAGAAGAUAGUCCAUUUCCCCAUCCACAGGGCAGGAGUUUGGGAGUGCGGUGGGACACUGCCCACUUCCCUGGCUCAGACACUUCUAUCUGGUUGCCAGAGGCAGCCAUGCACGGUGAGGCUUGAAGAGAAAGGAUGGAACUGCCCUGUCCCUGCUCGGCCCUUUCUCAUCUGCCAGGCUGCUGCCUGGGGCCAGUUUGUGAUAAUUGCCUGCAUGUAUUAGUGUUUGUGGUUCAGGCUGAUGGUAUGCUAGUGAAAUACCAAUGAGACUGACAUGGGGACACCAGAGACAACAGAAAAUAGGACUCAGGUGGGGUGGGGCAGAGCCGCAUGUGACCUGCCUGAGAGGUUCAGGUGGGUCGGACAGUGUGUGGGAGGGAAGCAAGAGACUACCAGCAUCUCACAUCAGGACCCUGCAUCAGGGCUGAGAUCAGAACUGGGUUCCAUACCCACCACCCCCAGCUCAGAGCAGUCACGUAGCCAUGCAGCAUGGGUACAGCCCACUGAGUUCCCUGCUACCUCACUUGAACUCACCCCAUUCCGUUCCCUCCAAUGUUCACCCCAUGCUGUAACAUAAUGUUGGUGAAACUCAGUGGGUCAGGCAGUAUCUGAGGAGGGAGGAGUGGACAGCAGCCUUCCCUGGGAUGAAAGUCGGAGCUUCACCUGCCCACCCCCAGCUCCCUGGAUGCUGCCCAACCUUAUGAGAUCCCCCAGCACCGUGAGGGUUGUUCCAGGUUUUCAGAUUCAGAAUCAGAACUGUCACAUCUAGAUCAAAACAUCCAGAGAUCUGUGUUGUUUGUGUAUCCACCAACACAACUGAAGGGCGUGCUGGGGAACAGUCCGCAAAAGUCACUGCUCGUCCCGGUGCCAACAUAACAUGCCCACAGUGUUCGGCAGAACAACACAAGCAGCAACAACUCCACAAAACUAAAAGACAGCAAUGUCCCACACGCGCACACAGAGUUUGGGCUAGGGUUAGGGUUAGGGUUAGAUUUAGGGCUAGGGUUAGGGUUAGGGUUGCAAUCCGAGGACAGGCCGCCUCAAGAAAUCCAACCUUCAGUCCUCGAUUGGGAAUGAAAAACAUCGGCCUUCCGACUUCCAGAUUCACUGACUUCGACCUUCACCCUUCAGUUAUCGCGUACAAUGAUUGUUGAUCACAGGAUUUCGAUCUGGGGGCCUCAAACUCUGGACUCUCAUGGGCCUCCAUGUUCUUGCCUUGCUGGUGUGUGGUCCAUACGUAUCCCAGACUCACAGAUUCACAGACGUUGGUUCACUGACUUCUUGACUUGCUGACACAGCGCCUCGAUGUCUAGAAGCCCAACUUCUAUCCUUGACCUUUGGACUCGCCGCACUCUGGACUUUGACCUUUAGCUUUUGGGCUCACAGACUUGCAGGCAUUCAUUCUCUAACUUCUGGACACGCCAACAUUUGGGCUUUAACCUUUGGUAGUGGUCCCAGCACUCGCAGAUUAUGGGAUUGUGACAGCAUGGCCCCACUGGCAAGGAGAGGCCAUUCAGCCCACUGGAUCAAUUCCCAUCCCUGCAUUUGCUCUUCUCUCUCACUUCUGCUGCCCCUCAGCCACAGACUUUUUUUGGGUGAGGUGAUGCGGAAUAGGGAUGGGAUUAUCCACCCAGCCCCCAUGUGGCAGAGGGGGCAGAAGGGGUUGGGGGAGGUGAGUCAAUGUGUGAGGAAUAAUGAGAUAGUCUCAGGCCUGGUAGAUGGACGUGGAGGAGCUGACUGCCUGGUCAGUGCUUUCUACUGGCUGAGACUGGUCACUGCCCUAUCCAGUCCGAGUAAGGCCAACUCACACACAGUAAGAUCCCAUUGGCCAGAAGAGGGAGCAGGAGGUUCUCCGUGCCAGGACGUCCCAGAUGGAGCUGGCAACAGGAGGAGUGAGUGUAGGGGAGGAGCAUAACUCCUUUAGAUCUCAGGGCAUGGAAUAUCUGCAUGAGUGCUUCCUCCUCAUCACUCCUGCCCUUUCACUGUCCCUUCCCCCUCAAUGCCCCUCCUUCCUCACUGCCACUCACCCCUCAUUGCUUCUCCCUACUCACUAGAUCUCCCUCUUCAGACUGCCCCCCUCCUCAAAAUCCCUCCCCCCUCAUCAUGCUGCCUUCCCUAAUCACCCCCUCCCCCUUCUAAUGGCCCCUCAACCCUCCCCAUCCCUCCUAGAGUGCACCCUUCUCAGCCCCCAUCUCCUCAGCGAACUCCUCCACCCCACUGCUCCUCAACAGCCCUCCAUCCUCAAUGGCCCUUCCUUCACAGCCCCUUCUUUCCUCAGUGCCUCUCCAUCCUCAACAACUGUCCCUCCUCACUGCCCCCCCCCCCAAACAUCUCUGUGGUCAGUCUGGGUGGGGGCUGCGCUUGCGGAGACUGCGGGCCGAGCGGAGGGAGGCCUGGAAAAGGAGUAUUCGGAUAGCUUGUUUUGUACAUGUCAUCAGGCAUUAACUUUGCAUUGUUAAACUGUUGAUCCUGCACUUUAACCCCACCUUGUGUAUGCCAUUGUAAAUUAUAAGAGCUAUAUAUAUUUCAGAUUUCUUUAUUGUAUAUUUGAUCUGUAUAGGUAUAUUAAAUCUGUAAUAAAUGUGCAUUGAGCCAAAUGUUUAUUCAUAUUCCCUCUG